UGUCAGUUCUCACUUCACUCUUCACUUCAUCCACUAUUCACAACUUCAGCUGUCUUCAGGUGUCACAGUUCACUCUAAAACCAUGGCCAAGGACAUGACUCUGCUGUGGGGCUCCGGCUCUCCUCCCUGCUGGAGAGUGAUGAUCGCUCUGGAGGAGAAAAACCUGCAGGGCUACAACCAAAAACUGCUCUCCUUUGAGAAAAUGGAGCACAAAUCAAAGGAAGUCAUGGAAAUGAACCCCAGGGGGCAGCUACCUGCCUUCAAACAUGGAGACAGAGUCUUGAACGAGUCCUUUGCUGCGUGCCUGUACCUGGAGAACCAGUUCCAGUCCCAGGGAAACAAGCUGCUCCCUGACUGUCCUGCUCAGCUAGCAAUGACGUACCAGCGCAUGUUUGAGGGUCUCACGCUUCACCAGAAAAUGGUGGACGUUAUCUACUACAACUGGAUGGUCCCAGAGGGAGAGAGACAUGACUCUGCUGUGAAGAGAAAGAGAGAGUCUCUGACUGCUGAGAUCAAGAUGUGGGAAGGAUACCUGCAGAAGACACCGGGGGGUUUCCUGGCAGGAAAGAACUUUACGAUGGCUGAUGUGGCUGUUUAUCCAAUCAUCUGUUAUCUCUUCCAUUUUGGGUUAUGUGAGGAGCGUUAUCCGAAACUGGCAGCUUACUAUAACCUUCUUAAGGACAGACCCAGCGUCAAAGCCACCUGGCCUCCUACCUGGCUGAGCAACCCACAGCGCCAAGACACACUGAAAGACAUCUGAGAUGCUGACACACUGUAACCAUUCCUGUUAUAAUGUGUAGCCACUCCUUGCAUUGCACUACUCUAGCUGGCACCUAGACUUAAAUUUAAGAUUACUCUUUUUGUGUUGUCAACAUAAGCAAUAAAAACUGACUUUGGGCUUCGUA